GGAACUGUAGUGAAAGCUGCUUACAGCGCAUUGAGUCGGAGAGGUGCCUUAUGUUUAGUGGAUAAGCAGGUCAUUGCUUGGGUAGGCAACAUAAUAAAGACCCCAGCCAGCAUGCGUGUAGGCUGCCUGUCUUUUCGUCAACCCUACGCUGGGCUUAUUCUUACCGGAAUGAAAACAUUGGAAACGCGUUGGCGUCCUCUUCUGGCCGACUACUGUAACUGCACCAUUGCAAUUCAUAUAGCAGUGAAGAACUGGGAGGGCCAAGACUGGAAAGACAUCCUGCAGGGCAAUGCUGGCUUGUCACUUGCUCAGAUUCAGGACUUAAUACACAGAGGAGAGCAGUUUGGCAGGGGAGUUAUUGCAGGGCUUGUAGAUAUUGGUGAAACAUGGCAAUGCUUGGAAAACUUAUCAUCGGAAGAGUCUCUAGAACUUGAGAGUAAAGCACUGUUGAAAGGUUUGGAACACAAAUAUCUCACUGUCAUUUCAAAUGCCAGAUGGUUAAAGGAGCCCAUUCCGGCAAGAGGAAGCAAAGAUGUCUGGGAAGUGAAUAUACCGAAGGAGUUAAUCCCCUGAUACACAUAAGCAGGCUAAGUUUUUGGACUCUUUAGAUUUACAACAACAUCAGUGUAUUACAGAUUUACACAAUUCAGAAGCAGAAUGUUACUUUUAAAAGGAACCAUUAUUGUGUAAUAAUAAAAUUAUUUUAUUUGUUAUAUGAA